GUAAAGUAGGUGUUCAGUCGCAGGGAGGGCUGUUUUGACAGCGAGAACUGUCACCGGGACACAAGUCGUAUGUUUUGAUUGGCGAUUUGCAUAACAUUCUGUAAAUUUUGUUAACGAUACAAAAACAGUUAAAAAUGGCUCCAAUUAAGAUGCGUGGGAAGAACUACGUGCUGUUCGUGGGCGGCAUCAUUGGAUUUAUUGGUUUGGCUUGCUACCCGAUCAUUAUUGCUCCGAUGAUGAAUCCGGAGGAAUAUAAAAGGAUACAAAAGGUCAACCGAGCCCAUAUUAAGCAGGAGGAAAUUCAGCCUGGAAACAUGAGGGUGUGGAGCGAUCCGUUCAAACCUAGGGAGGAUAAGCCGCAGUGAAGGCCACGUGGUGCUUGAGGCCAACACGAAGGAUGCGUAAUAUCUAGUUUUGUUAUUUGUGAUUUACUGUAAUAAAAUAAAAUACAACUUAAAUAAUAAUUAAA